UAUUGUACUUUCAAAACAAUGCGGUUUCAACAUUAGAAACAAGGAGGUGGCAGUACGGAGGAGUAAAAACGUGAAUGUAUUUUGAAAACCCAACGAUAAACAAGUGCGGGCAAUGGAAGCGCGUUGCCCACCAUGAGCACAGAACGCGAUUUUACGCCCUGCCAUAAUUUUGUCGAUACUGGCGGUCGAGGCAUAAUGUCUGUGAUACCACCGACAGAUAUGUCUGUUACACGAAAAAUUAAACUGUGUAGCACUGAUAAUGAGACCCGGGGAAAUAAAAAUUAAAAUAGUGCUUACAGAGGAUGUGCUAAUAUGGCCGAAUUUUCGGCCCAACUGGGUCUUCGUCGGAGCCUGCCUUUUGUGGGGUUGGCGAUUUGAAUGCACUGAAUUCCACAUUCAAACCAUCAGGCGUGAGCGCACCACUGGGUGUCCAGGUAGCGUCGGACCACAGAUAUAAUUAAUAGGAAUAUUUAGCUGUACGUAUUACGCAAACGUGAAUGCAAACGCGACAAUUUUUAUUUGCACAUAGGUGCGCGAGCAUCAAAUGCCUGUUUGAAAGUUUAGAUGCGCGUCCCGCACAAACUGCACAUUUUCCAACGAACACUUGAAUAAAAGGACAAAUGACAAAUCACACUGUUAAAUCUUUCCAAAGAGGUGAAAUUGGUCAUCAUAGAAUCAGGCAUAAAGAAAUCACAGUUGCAUAACCUUUGUUCUAUAUGAAAACGUCCAUUUCAUAUCAGAGAAUUUCAUUGCAUAAUAAUAUUUUGAACCCUCCAAAAAGUUGCAGUUUCUCACGUUUUGACCCAACUUCGUGAACUUCCCAUGUUUCACGUGUUGGACGUCCGUGCAAACUGCCCGUACGUGAGAAACAAUGUAAAGGAAGCGAUGACGUCAGCAAGUCCGCACUUUCUUCGCGUUUGUGUUCACGUACGUGCGCAAUGCAUGCAGCUAAACCUCUCUAUUAUAACGCAUAGACAGCCAGAUCGCAUUCAAACCUAUACAUGAUCAUUUUGUCAUCUGCGCGGCGCCCGACUUACAUCAAGUCGGAUCAAAACUAGAGGCAAAUUCACCCCUAGGCAUAGGGAAUCACGCAGAAUUGAAGAACCAUAAAAUUCUAUGAAACUCUUUUUGAUUGUAAAACAAGCCUUUAGCCUAUGUAGAUUCAAAACCAUGCGGUUGCAACAUUGAAAAGAAGAGACAGCCGUACCGAAAAGCAAAAAAGUGAAUGUAUUUUGGGAGCACAUGUAAACAAAAUGUAGGCAAUAAAGUGUGCUGCAUUGAACGCGCUUCCAUCCAUCGUUUCGCUCAGUGUUUGCCCAAUCCCGACUCUAUCGGAUACGUGCGCGUUCCUUCACUAGAUCGCCCAAGGCAUUGUGGGAAACAACAUGGCGUGACAAGAUCGUACCCAUUGGAACGAGGUGUGUUUGCCCCAUUGAUCUCCAUUAUAAAGCUUUGAUAGGACAUUGCGUCCAAAACACGUCCUGUGUGUGGGUAUUUUCAGGAGGGUAAUAACGAAAGUUACGAAAUUUGUUGCUUGCACUUCCAAACAGAGAUUUUCCAAAACUGGUUAAGGUUACAUUUCACAUUUCAAAGAAAACUGAAUUCUGCAUCUGGAAUGGAUACAGGAUACAAGAACAAUGGUUGAGGUGUGCGCAGCAGUGAAUUGCCGGAGACCAGUGGUAAAUCACGUUUGGAAGAUGGAACGGCUUUUCACACUGAUACCCAGUAGUUAGUGCCAAUUGUUGGAAUGCCGAAAAUCAACAUGGCCACUCAACCAACCUCAAACCUGUCAACCAUUUUGGAUGAGCUCAAGUUGAAGCCAUCACAAGUUCAAGAAGUUUCAGGCAACAUUGUAGCGGUGGUCCACAAUGACUGGCUGAAUUACCUCUUCAAACACGGCGUGGUUCCAUCAGCAAAGGAAGUCAGUCUUCCACAGUCUUGUUGGGAGAAAUUACCACCUAGCCCUGCUUAUGAGAAGGUUGGAUCCCCUUGGAGGAAAGUGGAAAUUGAAGUCAUUCCCAAACCAAAGUCUGGAAAGAUUGUAGUGCCUAAGAUUCAUCCGAAGUGGCUGAUGAAAGGAGACUUGGGAUUUGCUGCAUUCAUGCAGUGCUUGGCAAAGCAGAAUUAUCUCAGCCAGUGGGAACAAUCGUACCAAAAGUUUGCAAAACUUCACAUGGCUAAUGAGAAUGAUGGAACUUCUCUACAGGCUACAGGUGUGGAACUUGAGGAAGCCCUAACGACACUAUUCGGUUGCCCCAUCUUCCAAAAUGGCCAGCCUGAUGGAUCUCUUGAAAAAGAUAAGACAGUGCAUGUUCCAUUGCCAACGACCCAACAACAGCAAUUUCCAAACAUGGUGAAUGUACUGUGUGUGGUGAAAACCCUUGAAGCUUUCUACAUUGUACGAUCUCAUGUUGAACACACUGUACUUGAUUGUCUUACCUUCAGUCCAGCAAUGCUUGGAAACUCUCAUGCCAAGCCGCUGUUUGUCAUCUAUCAGAUCUGCAAAGUAUUUGACUACUGCCACCAGCAUGGAAUUGCUUGUGGAGAAGUUACCUUGCAGGAUUUUGCCAUGGACAAAAAUCUUUGGGUUCAGUUACGGGGCCCCAAGUGGAAAGGACUGGUGCAAGAGUGCUGCGAUGUUCAAGCAGCAGUUGAACAAAGCAGGCAGAGCAAAAAGAUUGAAACCUGCAAUGGUUCUACAUUUGGAAAAGAGAGAAGUACAGAACUAGUUACAUGUGACGAUCAGUAUACAAUCAAUGCUCUACCAGAAAUAGUACUCCGCUGGGUGAAAUCUGAAGUCAGUAAUUUUGACUACCUCAUGAUCUUGAACUCCCUUGCUGGUCGUGACUUGAGCAACCCCAACCACCACCCUGUUCUGCCUUGGGUUAUGGAUUUCACCCGUCCUGAUGCUGGCUUCCGUGACUUUUCUAAAUCCAAGUAUAGGCUUACCAAAGGAGAUCAUCAGCUGGACUUCAUGUAUGAAUCGUCACUGAAUCCUUCCACCUCCCCUACAAAUGCUCCAAUUCAGAUACCACAUCACAUUUCAGAUGUUCUCUCAGAGAUCACUUAUUAUGUCUAUACAGCUCGUCGGACACCCAAGUCAGUACUGUGUGCCCAUGUGAGGUCUACAUGGGUUCCCAAUGAGUAUCCAUCCAGCAUGCAAAGAUUGCAGGAAUGGUCUCCUGAUGAAUGCAUCCCAGAAUUCUUCACCGAUCCGCAGAUCUUCAAGUCUAUUCAUGAUGACCUACCAGAUCUAGAACUACCCUCCUGGUGUUUAGGGCCAGAAGACUUCAUUGCCAAGCACAGAGCAGUAUUAGAAAGUGAUUAUGUGUCUGAAAGACUUCACCGCUGGAUUGACUUAACGUUUGGAUACAAGUUGUCAGGAAGUGCCGCUGUAAGGGCCAAGAAUGUUUGCCUUCACCUUGUUGAUCAGCACACACAUCCAUCCAAUCACGGGGCAGUGCAACUCUUCAAUUUCCCCCAUCCACGCCGAUUCACACCCUCACCCUAUCUGUCGCCUUCUCCUCCAGUCAUACCAUGCAAGCAGCCUAGAGUUGAGGGUGUUACAAGUAGAGGCACUGAUGUUGAAAAGGUGGAGGUUGAUCCUACGGCUGUGUUCAACCAAAUGAGAAUAAUCCCUGAUGCCAGUACUGGAGUUGUCGCCACAGAUGCUACAUGUACCUCAGAAACCAGCUCUGCUGUAAGCCAGAUAGAUGCUGUAGGACCUGGUGCAGUAACAGACUUCAGUGGUACAAGCUCUGCAGUUGAGGUUGCUGCAGAUGUCAACUUGGAAGUAUCGCUGUCAACAAUCGAAACAAUCAGUGUAAUCAGUGGUGGAGGGAGUGGGACAAGUAAAAUCUCUGUACCAGAUCCUCCAUCUCAAGUUCCAUUGGUCCAACCAGUAACAGGUCAGACUGCAGACGACACAUCUCUCCUCAAGAACCCUAUCAAGAAACUACCAUUUUUCAGGUCCAAAGUUGACACACUGAUAGAAGGCAAGACAUCCGUUCCAAGACCAGAGCAGAUGUCAAUCUGUCUACCUGAUGAUUACGACCCUCUGGCCUCACUCAACCAGCUGGAGUCACUCUAUUCCUUUUCCUCAAAGGCCUUACAAGGUCUACCGUCUGAACGGAAUGAGCACAUCUCUACUGAUCCGUCUACGCAACUCCUUGGUCGUGACAUGCAUGUACUUGGCUGUCUGAUCGUGGAAAUAUUCCUCGCUCCCAAGUUGCGAAUGCAGCAUCAUCACCAAUCACUAACAGAAAGAUGUCAGGUGUUAAGAAGGGUUCUGGAGACAGAAUGGCUUGAUCUUCCCAGGGCUGUACGGCAAGUUACCCGCUUACUCUUAGAGCUGGAUAUUAAAUCAUAUGCAGGGGAUUUCGUGUACAGACAACCACUGAUGGGUUUACCUGCCCCAACUGCCAACAUGCUCCUCCAACCUGCAGCUGAAGUCAUCUCCUUCCCAGGAUACAUGCCCAAGUUGUAUAAAAUGCUUAGUAGCUUUCCUACCAGGGCUGGCAGCCCCAGCAGCAUGGCCACUAAGGUGGACCAGAAGAAACAGAGCAUUGCUAAAAUUCACCAUGUGUCCCGUUUCUUGCCAAAGAUUAUGCGUCAGCUCACUGUAGAAGGGCGAGAUUUGCUGUUCCCUCAUAUCUUAGAGUUGUUCAGCUCUCCUGACACUACUUUGUAUGCCUGCCUACUGCUGUUGGACAGGGUUGCUCGUUUCAUUGGCCCUAAGCAGGCAACCAACAAACUCCUGACCUGCUUGACACAACUGUAUGACUCUGAGUUCAACUCUCCCAACUUCAUGUUGCUCUUCCAUAAGUCCUAUCUGGCACAUCUUGUGGUCUGGCUUGGGCUCGGUUCCUUCAUUUUUCAUAUUGUUGGCUAUGUAGUUGAUGCUGUGACUGGUCUCAAAGAAUGCCCUGAGUUUGGAACAGCAGUUGAUGACCCCAUAUCCAUUAUCACAGAGGACAAGAAAAACGGGCCCGCAUCAUUGAAUGAAGAGGGCCUGGACUUGAUCAAUCUAGAGGAUGAGGUUGAUCUUCCAGGUGGUGAUGAAGUGGAGAUACCUGCUAAUCAGCCACCUGAUGAUAUUUCAGAAAAUACAUCCAGUGAUGAAGAUGUGCCAGACAUUUACCAGUUAACGUCAAGCAGGAAGAAUUCUGAAAGCACAGAUACAAGUAGUAUAGAGCAGAUGGUACCGAUGGAAGACACUCAAAAAAAUAAUGAGGGGAGUAAUGCACAGGAACAAUUAAAGACUGAAGAUGCCACAGAAGAUCAAAAGGAUGCUGCCGAGAUGAGUCUGACACAUGGAAUUUCUGAUGAAGCACUCCAACAAAAUGUCACAGACAGUGAAUCAAGAGAACAAACUAAUACAUGUACAGAUAUUGCUGCCUCAUCACUUACCAAAUCUGAAGGAGAUAAAGAACUUGAGACCGAGUCUAAUCAGCCUUUACCAAGACAGGAUUCUGGUGGUUAUGUUAGUCAAGAUAUUGCUGAGAUGGAGCCUAGAGUGGGAACAGACACUGAAACCACUACGGAGGCGGGAGAGGACCCAAUGCACGAGUAUCUUAUGUCCAGUCUUACCAAAGGGCGGAUGACAUCACUUGGUAACCUGUCUCCUGGUUCCCGGCUGGUAGAUGUGGCCUCUGACAGUGUGACAUGGCUUGCCCGUCGUCUUGGACCUGCCUUGACUGCUACUCACUUGACAAGAAGACUGCUGAAGGCUUUGAAGAGGUGUUAUAUGGGAGGCCACCUUUUGGGAUACUGUGAACUGGAUAGUGACAGUGAUAGUAGUGAUGAUGAAUAUGGUGUGUAUAUUGAGCAGAGAACAGUUGUUGGGGACAGCAAUGCCAAGGCAGUAUUAGGAUGUUUGACGGAUGUGGCUUUACUUUAUGGAGAUGCUUUCAUCUUCAAGCAGUACUUGACACACAUUCAGGAAACAGUGUGUUCAGUCCGGCACAAAGUGAACUUGAAGGCAGAGGCUGGACUGGUUGCCUGUGUAUCUCUGCUUAGACAUCUUCUACAAUAUCUGACUGACACACAACUCAUGGACAGGCUUACAUUUAUUUUUAGAAAAAUCCUGCAGCCCUUAGUCAAUGUAGUCCAGUCCUGUCAACUGAGCUUUCCAAGUGGUGGACAGGCAAGAGCAGUCAUCUGCUACAAACUAGUAGAUGUUAUGACCAGUAUUGGGCUACGUAUUGGCCGUGAGAUGGCCAGAGAGCACAUGACGAGCACACUGCAACACUUCUUUGUCUGUUUUGAAUUGGUCCAUGGGGAUGGACAACAAGAGACCAAAAGACCAAAAGAUUAUGAGCGUCAACACAGUCAUCAGUUUUCUCGAAGCACAGACAGUGAAGAUAUGUACUGUGAAAUCAAAGUGGACUCUCAAACCAACCAGUAUAAGAUUGGCACACCUACCAAGCUUGAAUAUCUCCGUGGGGAAGCAGCCCGAUCACCACCUGCCCUCUCAAGUCGUGUCUCUGAUAACACUGAUACCCUUGAGGAUGUACAUAUACAUAGUAUAGACCCUGAGAUAAUGAAUGAGUUGAGGGAAGCCUUCAGCCCAGAGAUGGCAAAUACAGCUUACAUUCCACUGUGUCGGCUCACAGGCAGCAUCCACAUGGAGCGUAUUUUAUACAACCACGAGCUCAUCUGGAAAUUGAGCAGUCAGCAUGAGAAAAUGCUAGCUACUCAGAGAGCAGCUGCUACUUUCAAUACAGCAGGACAGAGUGAGACAGAAGACAUAGAGCAGAGCCAGACAUCUUGGUUUGUGGACAUUGGAGCUCUGGACCAGAAUGAUGAUCCCCUACAUGUCAGCAGUGGACUGAAUGCCCAGGUUGUUGGUAAUCGCAUUGACAUUGCUAAAUACAGCAGUGAUUCUGAUAGUGGAGGUGAAGAGACUAGCAGCAAUGCUGUCAGACCUACCAUUCCUCUCAGGAGCAAACGGCAAAACCCAAGCUUCAAGAUGGGGAAGAGUAAACGACAGUUGAAAGGGGGAUGGCUGUCCUACUGGGAAAACUACUGUGAAAAUUCUCCUAACUCCAUGCUGACUUUCAACCAGAUCAAGCUGCAGACGUUUGUUGGCCACUCAGGGGGCAUCAAGGCAUUGUAUGUCAUGGACAAUGAGAACUCCUUCAUGAGUGCAAGCAAAGAUAAGACUGUGAAAGUCUGGUCACUUCGUAAUCAAGGUGAUGGAUCCAGUAAAUCUGUUUGCCGUUACACAUACUCCAAACACAGAAAAAGCGUCUUUGCAGUAACGUUUUUGGAGUCACAGCGGCUGGUUGCAUCUUGUGAUGGAAGCAUUCACUUGUGGGACCCUGUGACUUGUGAUCUUGUGCAUUGUUAUGACCUCACAAAGUUUGUACCAAACAUUCUGGUGCGCAUGCCCCCGCCAAGCCCUGUGCUAGUCGUAGCUACAGCCGAGUCUAACGUCAGGCUCAUUGACACUCGAAGUAGUGUUGUGCAACAAGAGAUAAAGGUUGCCUCUGGAACCCUGGGGUUAAUUCGCUGUCUAGCCAUCAAUCCUGGUAGCAACACCCUGGGUGUAGGCUUGUCUUCAGGUGUUCUUUCCAUGGUAGAUAUGAGUUCUGGGCUGCUGUUAGGUGGAUGGCGUGCUCAUGAUGGAGAGAUUAUGCAGAUUAAAGCUUGUAGUGGAAACCAGUUCCUGACAUCUUCAGUUGACCAUUCCAUGGCAUUGUGGAGAGAAGAUGGCACCAAAGUCUGCACAUUUAGAGGAACAACCGAGCCAGUACACUGUGUGUGUAUUUGUAAUGGACAGAUAGUUUCAGCUACAACAUCCAAUAGGAUUGGACUUCACACUUCACUAGAUCAACAGGCAUCUUUUUCAAGUCACCGUGUUAGAUCAGACUUACUCAAAGGGAUGAUAACAACACUCGAUGUCAUGCCACUGACUCAACUAUUCUUACUGGGAUCUGACAAUGGCACGAUUAACUUGCUUGCCUAAAAAAUGGAGCCAGGCAGGAGGUCUCGUCAGAAUAGAGUGAUCUUUCAUGAGAAGUCAAACAGUCAAGGAACGCAUGCACUGUCUACAGCAUGUACAUGUAUAUUACUAUACAAUACUAUUUUACUUGGUAUAGACAAUGGAGAUGGCUUUUUUACACUGAAUGUAUAUCUUUAGAUUAUUCCAACAAGUUGCAACGUUACCAAGGUCACGUUUUGCCACAACUGUGAUAUUCCACUUUGUAUUGUACAUUCCACGUCAGCAUUCCAUGCAGUUUAUUGAUAUAUGUGUAAUUAAAUAAUCAGGACAUAGGCACAUUACAAUCAUAGAUUACUAUAGUGUGCAUGUGUGAUUGUGUGGAUUGUCUUGCCAUAGUAGUGCAGACAAAAGGUCAUGGCAACUUGGACUACUUUGUAGGAGGUGUGCUAAUUUUUUGAAGGGGCACUUUAUUUGCCUCUUUCUAAUUUUUCACAAGUACGGUGUAUUUUUCAAAUAUUUUCCUACAGUGAAAGUAAUGAAUUGCCAAUUUUGAUUGGUGAGUUUACUUUGUGUAGGCUUUAUCAGUUCAAUGUAAUCGCACUUGAGUUGAGUCGUCAAAAAUUGUGCCUGAAGUCACACUCGAGUCUUGUCAUUGACACGAGUCAUUACAAAUCUGGUUAAGAGACAGUUCACCAGGGUAUUAACUUCCAGAAUAAUCUGAGUGACCCAAUUAAGACAUCCUUAACUUUAUCUACAUUUGUGCCAAAACUGAAAAAAACCUUAUUCGUUCAACUCUUAAUGUUAGAUAAAUAAGUCUGUUACUUCUGCUUGUCAGGUUUUUUUGUCCAUGUUUGGUUCUUAUCGGUUACUUGUAUUGUAAUUGUGUAAAUGUUUAUAUGUUGUUUAAUUAUGUCUUUUUGAUUUAUAGUAAUUAGAGUCCAUUCCUGUUUCGUAAAUAUGUUAUCUAAUUAAUUUUGCAUAAUAUGAGAAACAAUUUUAAAUAAAUGUCUAAAGUCUAAGGUUAUUUUGAAGAUUUGUCAACUUAGUAUAAGAGCAAAAA